AUGCCGAACGCUGCUGCAACUGUCUCUGCUCAGCAGACUCCACCGUCUUCCCGACUCGUCGGGAACCAAGAUAGAGACCACAGCGCCGACGAAUCCUGGUCUGCAGCUGAUAGCGAUCUCGAUCGGUUCGCUCCAAAUGGCUCAACGGCCUCUAAUGCGCUGAAGCGGAAACGCCCCCUCACUGUGUCAUGCGAGCUAUGUAAGCAGAGGAAAGUUAAAUGCGACCGAGCCCAGCCUAGCUGCGGAUGGUGCACCCGCAACGGUCAGAUCUGUGAGUAUAAGGAGCGAAAGAAACCUGGCCUUCGCGCAGGCUACGGGAAGGAGCUGGAACAGCGCCUCGACAGACUUGAGGAGGUCAUUCAGACGCAAGCUCGUCUUAUUGAAACGCAUAUCAUUCAUGGCCAACCUCAAUUUAACCCCGAGCUCGCGCAUGCGGCGCCUCUUUCAUAUAGCUCUCCGUCGGAGCCAUCUGCUGGCCAAGGACCUAGUCCUCGGAAUGCAUUCUAUUUUCAAGACACGUCGUCGGUGCCAGUCCCUCCCCAUCAACAUGAGGCAUCUAUCACUAGCCCGUCCGACAUGUCAGUCAAGAACACCAUGCAGGCUCAUCUGCCUAUCGCUAUUCACCCUGCGGCCCCUUUGCCCCCGAUUCCUAACACCACCUCUCAAAAUGACUAUACGGGGAAUGAAUCAUCAUUGACGGUUCCGGUCAAUCUCUUUGCAAAUCAGGAGCAAUCACUUGCCGACCCAGAACUUGAUCUACCUCCAUACGAUCUGCUCUACGCGCUGGUGGACCUGUACUUUGAGCAUAUUAAUACUUGGUGUCCCAUACUACACCGUCGCACCACCUUGGAUAUAUUUUUUGGUCCGUCGCCGCUGGAUGAAGCUGACCGAAUCGUUCUUUAUGCUAUUGUUGCGACUACGCUCCGGUUCUCAAGCGAUAGCCGACUCAACGAGCAGAAUCGCAAGAGAUACCACGACUCGUCGAAGCAGAAAGUCCUUCUUUACGGUCUCGAGAAUUCAUCAGUCAAGGCUCUUCAGGCACUCGUGAUUUUAGCUUUGGACUUAGUGGGCUCUUCCAACGGGCCUCCGGGGUGGAAAUUGCUGGCUCUGAUUACGCGAUCAGUGGUCCAGUUAGGAUUAGCCGCCGAGUCCAAAUCAUCGCUCAUUGCGCCGAUAUAUCCUUCCAUCUAUACUCUGAGAGCAGUCACCCUUCCAGAAUCGGAUUCCUGGGUCGAGGAUGAGGGUAGACGCAGACUCUUCUGGAUGGUAUACCUACUGGACCGAUAUUCCACGAUCGCUACGGCCUUUGACUUUGCAUUGAAUGACAAGGAUAUUGACCGCAAGCUUCCUUGCAAGGAUGAAUACUUUGUCAAAAACCAGCCCGUGGAAACCAGGUGGUUUCACCGCUCAAGUGAACGAACUGACUACCUGAGUCAUGCCGAGAACGUUGGAUCCUUUGGCCUCUAUGUGGAAAUACUCGGCAUUCUAUCUCGGAUACAUCUCUUUCUGAAACGGCCCGUGGAUAUCGGGGCGCUAUCUGACGUUGAGGAAUGGCAAACGAUGUAUCGCAAUUUGGAUAGCGAGUUAACAUCCUGGGAGUUCGGUCUUCCUGCCGAGUACGCCUACGAAAACGCCUCACGGCUAUUCAACGGACCGAAGCACAGCAAGAGUGUUCCCUGUGACUGGGUCCAGCUUCAUACCACAUAUCAAACUGCUGUCAUUAGGCUUCAUUCGUCCGCUGCUUACCCAACCACGCGCUCUCCGAUUUUCACGCCGUCCUACAGUGCCAGUCAACGCUGUCUGUUGGCAGUCGAUAACAUUCUCUCCGUGACUCGAUUUGUAGUCGAAAAUAACAUGCUCGACAAGCUAGGGCCCCCGUUUGCCUUCACCCUCUGGGUGUCUGCUCGGCUACUACUUGUCCAUGGCUCCACCAUCGCUCAUACCGUGAGUCCGGAUAUAAUCUUCUUCGUGGACACGUUGGCUCGCAUGGGGAAGUACUGGAAGGUCGCGGAACGCUACAGCUGUAUCCUCCAACGAGUGCUCGACGAGUACGGCGAAUAUCAACAAUCUGGCGCUGACGACAGCGAGCGCGUCACUCCGUCCACCGUCAAAAUUCUAGCAGACAUGCGCCGCUGCGCCUUUGAUCUGGACUUCUUGAUUUCCCGCCAGCCGCGCUCGUCUCCCGUGGGCAGCCAGCCAGCACCGCAAACCUCAGUGACGCAGUCGCGCAACCUCGCGCCCAACGAACUGGAGUAUCUCGACGUCUUUGGCUUCUUCAACGUCCCGCGCGUGCCGCCAGCGCGGGCCCCUGAUAUCAGCAGUAUCGACAUCAACGAGGCGGUUGAAAACCCAAUGUCAAUUCAUGGUUUGACAGGAGCCAGCACCAACAACAACACUGUCGUGGAGGGGGCGCCUCCGAAUGCGAACGAAUUCAAUAUUACGAACUAUUUGAUUCCCACCCCCGAGACGGACUGGCUGUUCCGCCCUACAGGAUAG